CUAGUAACUAUAUCAACCAGCUUAACCUUUGAAUAGUAGGAAAAUAAAGUCACUGUUAACAAAACCAAAUUGGUUUCCUCAUAGUGAGGAAACUAACAAGAUAUCAAAGAAAAGAUGAAAGGAUUGGUACCUGAAGUUGUCACUAUUAGACCUAAUAAAAGGGACACGUAGGGAUCUUUAUAUGGGGGAGAUGACUCAGAUGAAGCACAUUAUAAUGUUCUCCUUUACGUGUUACAUUUACAUUGGCAUGGUCUUGUUGAAAUUUAUGCUUGCAAUUUCUGGGAAAAUGAGUGAAGAUAUCAUUUCAUGUACAUGGGUUUCUUAUAAGAACAGGCCUCAAGUAGAUGAGAGAAAUUAAACUCAAAAGAGAAACACAGAUAGAGAGAGAGAGAAUAGAGGUAGAAGAUGAAGGUGCAUGGUGUGUUCUUGGUGGCUGUUUUCUUCUACCUUACGUAUACACAGCUGGUCAAGGGGCAACUUCAACCUCACGAAGGUUGCCAAACUAGAUGUGGUGAGGUUGAAAUCAAGUAUCCUUUUGGCAUUUCUUCAGGUUGUUACUAUCCUGGAGAUGAUAGUUUUAAUAUCACCUGUAAGGAAGAUAGGUCAUACGUGUUAGGCCACAUUGAAGUGACAAAGUUUACUCACAGCAGCCAUCUACAAGUUCUGCUUAACCGAUCCUCUUAUUGCGACGACGAGCAAGGAAAGAAAAACAUAUCCGUUGACAGCAAUUAUGAUCUGGGUAAUUUUUCCAUUUCCACCAAAAACAAGCUUACUUUAGUAGGAUGCAAUGCUUUGGCACUGGUGGCCACUUCUGGAGAUAAACCUUACGCAACUGUAUGCAUAUCAGCAUGCGAAUCUCUACCAGCGGCAGAUGAAAAAUGUGACGGUGAAGGUUGCUGCACAACAGAUAUCUUUGACGAAUGGGAUAACUAUUUUGUCGAAAUUGGAUCAACUCGCUUGCGGUUGCCGAACCAGGCUUCAGUGCAUCAUUUUCAUCCUUGCGUCUACGCCUUUCUUGUCGAAGGUGGUAAGUUUAACUUCUCUCCUUCCCAUGAUCUUAUGAAUCUGCGGAAUAAGACGACGUUCCCUGUGUUACUGGAUUGGUCUGUUGGAAACCAGAGCUGCCAGAAAGUUGGAAACACAAACAUAUGCGGCGAGAACAGCGUAUGUGCCAACUCUACUAAUAGAAGAACCGGGUAUAUAUGCAAAUGUAAAGAUGGUUACGAAGGGAACCCAUACCUUUCGAAUGAACACGGUUGCCAAGACUUCAACGAGUGUGCUACUGGUAGACAUAACUGUUCAGAUCACAGCACAUGUAAAGACAAGGUUGGAGGUUUCGAAUGUGAGUGCCAUUUUGGUUACCACUUCGAUACCACCACUAUGAGUUGCAAGUUAGAUACCACCACUAUGAAUGGCAAGCGCAAGGGUAUAGACUUUAGAUGGCCUAUGAUUCUUAUUGGAAACGCCAUUGGCUUGUUGUUCAUCCUGCUUGGCGUUACCUGUAUGCAACAGAAAACAAAGCACCGGAAAUACAAACUCCGACAAAAAUUCUUCGAGCAAAACGGCGGCGGCUUAUUGGUACAGAGACUCUCGGGAGCAGGGGCAUCAAAUGUUGAUUUCAAAAUCUUUACUGAAGAAGGCAUGAAGGAAGCAACUAAUAGUUAUGAAGAAAGUAGAAUCUUGGGCCAGGGAGGCCAAGGAACAGUUUACAAAGGGAUAUUGCCAGACAACUCAGUAGUUGCUAUAAAGAAAGCUAGGCUUGGUGGAGACCGUAGCCAAGUAGAGCAGUUCAUCUACGAGAUGCUGGUGCUUUUACAAAUCAACCAUAGGAACGUUGUCAAGCUCUUGGGCUGCUGUCUAGAGACUGAAGUUCCCUUGCUCGUCUAUGAGUUCGUAUCUAAUGGCACCCUUUACGACCACUUGCAUGGUUCCAUGUUUGAUUAUUCUCUUACAUGGGAACACCGUCUGAGGAUAGCAAUAGAAGUCGCUGGAACUCUUGCAUAUCUUCACUCCUCUGCUUCUAUCCCAAUCAUCCACCGUGAUAUCAAGACUGCUAAUAUUCUCCUGGAUGAAAACUUAACUGCAAAGGUAGCUGACUUUGGUGCUUCAAAGCUGGUACCGAUGGAUAAAGAUCAGCUCACGACUAUGGUACAAGGCACUCUGGGUUACCUAGACCCGGAAUACUUCACCACAGGGUUGCUGAACGAAAAGAGCGACGUUUACAGCUUUGGGGUAGUCCUCAUGGAACUGCUCUCAGGUCAAAAGGCAUUGUGCUUUGAAAGGCCAGAAUACUCAAGACACCUGGUGACUUACUUUUCUUGUGCCACAAAAGAGAAUAGGUUGCAUGAGAUUAUUGACAGCCAAGCAAUGAACGAGUAUAAUCAGAGGGGGAUCCAUGAAGCUUCACUAAUUGCUGUUGAGUGCACAAGACUGAUGGGAGAAGAAAGACCAAGGAUGAAAGAAGUAGCUGCAAAGCUUGAGGGCUUGAGAGUCACGGAAACCAAACAUCAGUGGUCGGAUCGGUAUAAUGAGCCAGAGGUGAAUGAGCACUUGAUCUGCGUUGAAACCAUAUCAGGGCAAGGGGAUACAAGUAGCACUGGUUAUGAUAGCAUCAAUAAUGUAGCAAGGUUGCACAUUGAAGGUGGCCGUUGAUAUUUUAUUAGUCUUUUUUUUUUAAUGAACAUUGUCAUUUAUUUUAUUAUUUCUCUGCUCUAUUGUCUAUUUACAUUGAUGAACAUUUAUGCUUUUGACUGA